GCCCUGAAGGCAUCACCCUGUCACGUGACGCAGUCAGACAUGGCGUCCUCCCGGAGACGGCUGGCUUGUUUACGCUCCGGGAUAUGGAGCCUCUUAUUUUACUGCGUUUACUCUCAUUUAAAGCUCGUUCUGGCGGAGGAAGCGGACAGCUGCGACAACCUGAGACUGGGACAGUAUCUCUGCAGAGACCCAAAGAUCGACGAAGCCACUCAGGAGCCGGAGAACUGCAGGGACACGGCAGCCUGGGUGGAGUGCCUCCCAGCUCCGAACAUCAGCUGUCGGCUCUCUAACGGGACGGAGUUCAGGUUCAGCGGGGAGGAGGUGGGCUUCAACAAAACCAUCCCCUGCAGGAACGUGAGCGGUUAUUCCUACAAAGUAGCUGUGGCUUUAUCUCUGUUUCUGGGCUGGCUGGGAGCAGACCGCUUCUACCUGGGAUACCCUGCUCUAGGACUGUUGAAGUUCUGCACUGUUGGUUUCUGUGGAAUCGGCACUCUGAUCGACUUCAUACUGAUCGCCAUGCAGAUCGUGGGUCCAGCAGACGGAUCGAACUACAUCGUGGAUUAUUACGGCGCCCGGCUGACCCGCCUGUCCAUCAACAACCAGACCUACAGGAAGCCGCACCUGUCUCUGUGAACCGGCAGGAACGCUCUUGUCUGAUGAAUAUCGUCAGAGGUUAAAGGUGGAGUGCAAUCAAGCGGCAACCUCCGGGGGCUGAAAGAUGAAGCCAACAGGAAGUGCCAACAAAAACUGCAGUUCCUCGAACGGCCACUCGAGGCUCCAAAAGCGAGUCAGCCCCCACAGAGCCCCGUGUUAAAAUGGCCGACUUUACAGC